AUGGGCGUCGCCGCGACCACGGCUGCGAGUGCGACAACCUUGGAAGAUGUCAAGGCAAAAGGUUUCAUCCAGUGUGGGGUGAGUCAGGGUCUGCCGGGCUUCUCCAAUCCAGAUGCACAGGGGAACUGGACCGGUCUCGACGUUGAUCUCUGCCGCGCAAUGGCUGCUGCAGUGUUCGGUGAUGCGUCGGCUGUAAAAUUCACGCCGCUGUCUGCAAAAGAGCGUUUCACCGCACUGCAGUCAGGCGAAGUCGAUGUCCUGUCCCGCAACACCACGUGGACCAUGUCCCGUGACACUCAGCUGGGUCUGAACUUUGCCGGCGUCAACUACUACGACGGCCAGGGUUUCAUGGUUCGCAAGGAUCUCGGCGUCACCUCGGCGCUCGAGCUGUCCGGCGCUUCGGUCUGCACCAACACCGGUACAACCACCGAGCUGAACGUUGCUGACUAUUUCCGUGCCAACAAUAUGCCGUAUGAAAUCGUCGCCUUCGAAAAGGCAGACGAAGUUGUUGCUGCAUAUGAUGCCGGUCGUUGCGACGUGUACACAACGGAUGCUUCCGGUCUGUACGCACAGCGUCUGAAGCUGACCAACCCGGGCGACCACAUGGUUCUGUCGGAAAUCAUUUCCAAAGAGCCGCUUGGUCCGGUUGUGCGUCAGGGUGAUGACGAAUGGUUCAAUAUCGCCAAAUGGACCCUCAACGCGAUGAUCAACGCUGAAGAACUUGGCGUCUCGUCGGCCAAUGUUGACGACAUGAAGUCUUCCGACAACCCGUCCGUAAAGCGCUUGCUUGGUGUUGAGGGCGCUUAUGGUGAAGGCAUCGGCCUGUCCAACGACUGGGCUUACAACGUCGUCAAGAACGUCGGUAACUACGAAGAAUCCUUCAAUGCCAAUGUCGGUCCGGACACUCCGCUCGGCAUCUCGCGCGGCGUGAAUGCGCUGUGGAGCGAUGGUGGAUUCCUUUACGCUCCGCCGGUUCGCUAA